AUGAGGGUCAUCCCCCUCGGGACAAGCUGUUAUCAUCCUCUGUGCUUAAAACACACGUUUCUCUUUUACACUGAUCUGGGGCCUGCUCCUCUGGAGCUGGAAGCCAGGCCCAAAGCACAGAUCGCAGUGUCGCAGUCCAAGGCUAAAGAGUUUCUGUCAGUUUUUCACAGGUUUAAGAGAAACGUAUGGGAUCGGAGCCGUCCUGAUGUCCAGCAGUGGAUCCAGCAGUUCAUGUACAUGGGCUACGAUGAGGCAAGACUGGAGACUGAUCUCUCCUAUUGGAUGGACCAGGCCAGAUCAAAUGACCAGGGCUGGCAGCAUCAUCAUGAUGAGAAUGCACCUAUGAGCCAACAGGACCCCAGUUCCUACAGACACGGGGCUAAUGUCAAUUAUGAUUACUAUUAAAACCCCUAGAACCUAACAUUCGCUGUGAAACCUGGAGACUAUUGCCUGACUUGUAAAUCACUCUAAUGCUCUAAGGCAA